AUGGCUGUUGAGUCAAGCAGCAGAUACCCAACCUCGAAAUUGCUUCAAGAAGCCUCUCAGUCGAGGCAAUAUCAUGGCAAUGGACAUACCUGUAUCAAGCUUUGCAGCUUCGUCCAGCAAUGUGCUAAGUCGAGCGACGAGGCAUUGAGGCAAUGGGCCUUCACAGAGACUCUGUCGAAAAAGCUGUUGCACUUCUACCUCGAAUGGUAUGAACAUGACCCUCACCGAGCCCUGCGCCUGGUGCUGGAUCUUCUCGUGGCAUCAUCAGCAUCCAACCCUUGCCCUGAAACAGGAAGGGCUGUGAAAGACCACAUAGUUGAGACCCUCGUCUCAAUCGUUGCCCGGAAGUCUGCGCAGCAGUUGACCAAAUCGGGAUUACAGUGUCUUGACCACUUCCUAUCAAAGCGAGUGGUGAAGCUUACAGACCUUGCCGUCAAGUACGAGCAGGUUGAUUCGUCAGUGGUGGCAACAGAGCCAGCUGGCUUCACUCUUGAGGUCUGGCGAGAGUGGCUUCAGGACGCCUUGACCCGCAAUCCAGAGAUUUUAGAAGACAUCAAGAAUCACGUGCUUGCCCAAAUGUUCAAAACAGAACGGGAUGCAUCUCUUAGAUUGCUCGAGAUAUUCAACAAGAGGCAGCCGCUCGGCCUCGUCGAUCGUGACCUGACCGAUCAAGGGCUCCUUCUCCAGUUGGCCGCUCUCGAGAUUGGGAAGAAGCAUGGCAUGGUUGAGGAACCAAGUAACGGCGAUGACGUUUCACAACCGACGACGAAGAAAGUUGUUCUCCAGGGAGCCUUGUUGGACGGAAUGCUUGCACACCCGUCUGUGUCUGUUCGAUCUAGCGCCUUCUCACUGCUCGUAUCAUCUCAAGCGACGACAAAGCCGUUCUCUGAGGUUGCUUUUGGGCUCUUGAAGAAACAUCUUGGAGCUUUCCACGCAGAUUAUGACGCCAAGGUCCGUAACGAAGUGCUUGGCCAUACCAAGAACCUCAUCAAGAGGGCCAAAAACAUUAUCACCGUUGCACAAAGGAGCCUAUCCGCCCAUCAGUCUGUCGACAAUGGGGCCCGGUCUGGUCCCAAGAAGUUCGGCCCCGAGGUUACCCUCAAGGACGCUUCCGAGGCGGAAGAGGUACUUGACCGUCACGACGCCUUCUUAAAGUGGUACAUGAGUUUUCUAAAAAACGAAUUGUUACCUACCACCUCAUACCAGAGGCACAUUACCGCUAUCAGAGCAGCACUCCUGCUCCUGAGAGUAGGGAAACAUGCGGGAGAUACUGAUGAGAGCGCCGAUGGGGACAUUGCGCAACUAAUAUCGUCCGACUUCACUUGGAUUCGCCUUCUUCUUGACCUUCUGCUUGACCCAUUCGACGAUGUCAGGGACGGUGCGGCUACCCUUUUGAGCUUGCUUUCCCCGAACACAGAGGAAUCGAACUCUGCCGGCUCGGAAACGCUGCUUGGGGUUCUUAGAAAAUUCUGCGUACGAGCCGGGAAACUAGCUGAUAGGACGGGACGAGCGGAUCACGGUGAUGGAGCCGCUCGCUCACAGGGUCUUUUAUGCACUUGGCUGAGCAAACCAGACUUACAGAUUGCCCUCCUUUCAGAAAUUCUGGAGCGGGUCGAAACUAAAAUAUCCAAGGCUGGGGACGACUUGGGCCACGCGGCCAUCGAAAGCCCGGUACAUGCGGACUUUGCAGCAAUCAGUUAUGUUUGGCAGGUCCUCGCGAAAGGAACAUAUCAGGACAACCAGCUCGAGCUCAUCCAUCACCAACAGCGUCGCAUCUUUUUUUCCGCGCAGCACAUAUGGCUUAUCGUCAAGCAUGUUCUCUGCGAUGACUCUCCAGAGGGCCAUUUACCAGAGGAACUGGAGGAUAUUGAAGGAUUAGACACCAAGGACCUACUCAGCUAUAGCUUCCGAGCGAUUCACGAGUCUAGCAACCUCUUGCGCCUCUUGGUGGGAACGCUCAGGCUUAAAAACGUCCCUGGGAUUCCGUAUCCCCCGCUCGACGUGUUUAGAGAGACGGGUUACUUGACCUUCGAGCAACUCUCGAGCUUGCGUCACCGCGGCGCUUUCUCAACAGUGUCUUACACUUUCACAACAAGCUGUCAACUCACCCAACGUCUAAAAGACGUGUAUUCGGAAAUUGACGAGACAGAGGACUUGCUUCGCGAGUGGUACCAGGGAGCGAUCAGUUGUAUCAUGACACAAGCAUCGACAACCCGUCGGUCGGCUGGAAUCCCGUCCCUCAUCGCAGCGGUUCUGACGGCAAACGCGACAUCGCCAUCCUUUGCCGAAGUCUACGGAACUCUUGAAGAGAUUGGUAAAAAGGCUGUUUCGAUGGCCGAAACAGAUGGGUCCAACCUGCCCCAAGUCCAUGCCCUCAACUCCCUACGAGACAUGUUCAGAAGCUCGCUCCUGAGCAAAAAAGCUGAGGGCUACUUAGCUAGAACACUUCACCUUGCAGCAACCAGCUUGAAAUCCGAAGUCUGGGCAAUUCGAAAUUGUGGUCUGCUUCUUUUGAGAAGCCUCAUCGACUGCCUGCUUGGCACUGGCGAAAGCAAAGCCUCCAUCGAAUCCGGCUGGGAUGGUCGUUCAGUGCGUAUCUCUUACAACAAAUAUCCGACCUUACCAGGCGUCAUCCUCGGCCUAUUACGCUCUGCAGACGAAACACUCGCUCAAGAAUCGCAGCCUGGCGCAGCCGAGGCAGUGUUCCCUGCCCUAGAUAUCAUUCGACGUGCGGGCCCUCCCGAAGAGCACCGUUCAGAACUCCAAAAGCACAUUGAAGGGUAUCUCGAUAGCCGUCUCUGGCAUGUCCGAGAGAUAGCGGCCAGAACACUGUGCUCCUUCUUGUUGCAACAAGAGUGGGCUCAAGAGAUUGGGCGCCUUCUCGAUGAAUCAGGAAGCAGUACCAACCGGAUCCACGGGGUCCUCCUAACCGCGAGGUUUGUAGUCGAGCGCAAAGCCGACUUGGGUGUGGAUCUUAAAUCAGAUUCCGCGUCGGUUGAUGCCCUCUUAGAACAGCUUGUCCAGCGCCAGAAAGCUUUCAGGCGUUGCAAAGAGCUCCAAGCGGCCUACUUGGAGAUCCUAAAUGUUCUCGCAACUUUUGGCCUACACGAACAAGUUGCGAAGGUUGUCCUGCCUCAACUCACCACGACACAAACCGGCCCACCUUCCGCUCUAUUGAAGCUUCAUGCCUCACUGAAAGUCGUCUAUGAUGCAGCAGUAUCUGGUGACGAGGAAGGCCUCCGAGCGUAUUUCUUCAAAAUGCUUAGGAGUGACAUCAACACAGCAAGCAGGAUGCUCGAGACAAUCCCCGAAGCAUGGAAACAGGUAGGUGACUCGACUAUCAGUUCAGGCUUGCGUGAGCUGUAUCUGGAAGCGUGCACCGCCUCCUUAGCGCCAGAAAUUCGAACACAGGCCUUGGCCAACCUCGGCCCCUUGAUGGACGGUAUCCUCAGUCGAGGAAAAGUUUCAGAGCUACCAAGCACGGAACAGCUCGAUGGACUCUGGUUCCAGUUGCAACAGGGAGACAUCAACCCUGCCCUAUCGUGCGCUAUCAUCGAAAUAAGUGGGACAAUCAUGGCAGCGCUGGUGUCUCAGGGCGCGGAGAAGGUUCCGAAUAUGGGGCCACGAUUGGCAAGUUGGGGAGACAUGCUCAGCGAAUGCCUGGAUGUGGACAAUUCCUUCGACACGAGAUAUGCAGCAGCAUCGGCCCUCAAGUCCUUCUUCCGCGGCACCAAGAGCCACGACUGGGCCACCGCGCACCACUUGCCGGUCCUCUCGGCGCUCUACGACAGUCUGAUCGACGACGACGAUGAAGUCCGCGAGGUCGCCGCGCUUGCCGCCUCCAGCGUCAUCGGCACGCCCACCGUGGCCACAGCCGCAGCCGGCCAACUCGUCGGCUGGCUGCGGGCGCAGUUCGGCGACGACGGAUCGAAGGGCUCACAGGAAUUCAGGGCGGGCGUCGUCUGCAGGAUGGUUGGCCAGCAGCAGUCACGGUCGCGCGACCCGAUAGCCCUCCUCCGGCUGGUCCCCGCAGAGGACCAACUACGCAGGGCGCUGGACUUUGACGACUCGCUGUUCGCCGCCGAGGACCAGAACCUCUUCAUCGACGAGGUCAGGGAGACAGCUCGGUGGCGAAGGGCCCUGCCGGUGGACAAGAGCCCGACGCCACGACUUGCCGGCAGCGGUCUUGAUGGUGGUGGUGAUGGCGAUGAUGACUCACCGCUUGGCUGCCUCAAAGCGUGGGCCGCGGCCGGCCUUCGGUGCCUCAUUGGGCUGGCGGGCAAGGAGGACGGCCCGCUUGGGUGGACGUCGGAUCAGCAUGUGUUUGCCGUUUGCGCUCGCAUCUUGAUGUGCGCCGUGGCAGUGGCCGGGACUGGGGAGGGGGACGGGGACUCGGGGCUGGCGGAGCUUCUACGGGAGUUCAGGGAGGUGGGAGCGAAGACGCGGCUUCACGGGUCGCUGUUGGAGAUGGCGGCGUUCGAGGCUGUGGCUUAG